UGCUCUAAUACAAAAAGGUGUGUAGUUUUUCCAUUUGAACUCUUAGGGCCGCUGUUGACCACAGUGUCUAGCAAACAGUGGGUUUGUAGCAGCACCUCCUCUGCAAAGUCGACAUAAUAAAGAGGGAACACGACGUGAAAGGAUCGGUCAAUCCUUUUAGGGAUUUAAAGAAAGACGGGACAACGUUUGCGGAUCAUGAUUUUUGUGUGGAUUAUGUUUGUUCUGGGAUAAUAUCUAUGAGUGGAAUUUAGAUCAACAUCAUCGCAUAUAACCAUCGGGAUUUCUCAAUGGAAAUUUUCUUGGCUAUAAAAAUGAAGAGGCAAGUAACGCUGUUCAUCUUUGUCCUCUCCCUCGGCUUUGUGCUCGGGCAGGUCUCCUACUCUAUCCCGGAGGAAAUGGCCAAAGGAUCUUUAAUAGGAAACAUAGCUCAUGAUUUAGGGCUACAAAUCAAACGUCUAACAUCGGGAAAAGCGCGAAUAUUCACCCGAGAUAGUGACGAAUAUGUCGAGCUGAACAGAGAAAGAGGAGUCCUCCUUGUUAAAGAGAGAAUCGACAGAGAGGCGCUCUGCAAAAAGACGACGCCAUGCGCUCUGCAUUUUCAGAUUAUUUUAGAAAAUCCGAUGGAAUUCUAUAGUGUUGCAAUCCAGAUUACAGAUAUUAAUGAUAAUGCACCGACUUUUGAGAAGGAUAAAAUUGCUUUUAAAAUAAGUGAGUCUGCCGUUAUUGGGGCAAAAUUUUCUCUUGAAAGAGCUGUUGAUCUUGAUGUCGGCAUUAAUGAUCUAAAAAGCUACACUUUAAAACCGACAGAUAAUUUUGCUCUGAAACUGCUAAAUAAUCCUGAUGGCAAUAAAAAUGUAGAGAUGGUGUUACAGAAGCCCUUAGACAGGGAGAAACAGGAGCAGAUAAACCUGGUGUUAACAGCUGUAGAUGGAGGAGAGCCGCAGAUGUCAGGAACGAUGCUGAUAGUUAUUACAGUUUUAGACGCUAAUGAUAAUGCUCCUGUUUUUACACAGCAGAUAUAUAAAGCCACUGUUACUGAAAAUUCACCUAAGGGAACAGUUGUUGCUGUAGUUUCAGCAUCAGAUGCAGAUGAAGGUCCUAACAGUAGAAUAACAUAUUCAAUUAGAAACACAUUAGAUGAUGUAAGAAGAACAUUUAAAGUAAACGAGGAAAACGGUGAGGUGAUUUUAAUUGGGAAUACCGAUUUUGAAGAGUCAAGAAUUUAUCAGAUACAUUUACUUGCUAGUGAUGAAGGUGGACUCACAGACUCUUGCAAGUUAAUUGUUGAUGUACAGGAUACAAAUGAUAAUAUCCCUGAAAUACAUAUAAUGUCAAAGUCCACCAUUAUUUCAGAGGAUGCAAGUAUAAAUACAGUUGUUACAAUGAUAAGCAUUGAAGACAAAGAUUCGGGUCCAAACGGAAAUGUAAAGUGUUACACUGAAGAAAAUAUGCCUUUCAGUUUAAAAUCAUCAGAAAAUAAUUUUUAUAGUUUAGUGACAGACAGUGAAUUAGACAGAGAGAUGGCCUCUGAGUAUAACAUCACAGUGACCUGCUCUGAUGAAGGAGUCCCCUCCCUCUCCAGCAGCGUCACUCUCACCUUGCAGAUCUCUGAUGUGAAUGACAACGCUCCUGUCUUUGAGAGGAGCUCCUAUGAGGCCUACAUUGUAGAAAACAACACACCAGGUCUCUCUAUAUUCACAGUGAAAGCCACAGAUGCUGACUGGAACCAGAAUGCCCGUGUUUCUUACAUACUGGAGGACUCCUCUGUUAACGGAGUACCAGUCUCCUCAUAUGUGUCCGUCAGUGCUGAUAGUGGAGUCAUCCAUGCAGUGCGCUCUUUUGACUACGAGCAGAUCAAAGAUUUCCAGUUCCGCAUCAAAGCGCAGGAUGGAGGCUCUCCUCCACUCAGCAGCAACGUGACUGUGAAAAUGCUGAUCCAGGACCAGAACGAUAACCCUCCUCAGGUUCUGUACCCGGUCCAGACUGGUGGCUCUGUGGUAGCUGAAAUGGUGCCUCGUUCAGCAGAUGUGGGCUACCUGGUGACUAAAGUGGUGGCUGUAGAUGUGGACUCUGGACAGAACGCCUGGCUCUCCUAUAAACUGCAGAAAGCCACAGACAGGGCGCUGUUUGAAGUGGGCUCACAGAAUGGAGAAAUAAGAACAAUCCGUCAGGUGACUGAUAAAGAUGCUGUGAAACAGAGACUGACUGUGAUAGUGGAGGACAACGGGCAGCCCUCUCGUUCAGCUACAGUCAUUGUUAACGUGGCGGUGGCGGACAGCUUCCCUGAAGUGCUGUCCGAGUUCACUGACUUUCCUCACGAUAAGGAGUACAAUGACAACCUGACUUUUUACUUGGUCUUGGCUCUGGCUGUGGUCUCCUUCCUCUUCAUCACGUGUUUAGUGGUUAUUAUAUCAGUCAAGAUCUACAGAUGGAGACAGUCUCGCAUCCUGUAUCACUCCAACCUCCCUGUGAUUCCAUAUUAUCCUCCACGUUACUCAGACACUUUGGGAACAGGGACUCUGCCACACGUGUACAACUACGAGGUGUGCAGGACCACUGACUCCAGAAAGAGUGACAAUAAGUUUGGAGGAGCUGGUGGUCAGAACGUGUUGAUAAUGGACCCCAGUUCUACAGGAACCAUGCAGCGGAUACAGAGUGAGAAGAGCAUCCUGGAUGAACCUGACUCUCCU